AGAGUGGGUAAAUAUCUACCGCCCAGACCAAAGGGGCUCCCUCUGGUAGGAAAUGCUCUACAGAUGCCAUUGGAGUACCAACAGGAUACGUUUACUGAAUGGGGGGUCAAAUAUGGGGAUAUCAUAUAUGCACGUGUCUUACAGAAGCACAUCGUCAUCUUGAACUCGGUGCGCGCUGCAUGAGACCUUUUGGAGAAGCACGGCGCAACGUAUUCAGACAGGCCGUGCUUUGUGCUGCUCAGUGAAUUAAUUGAAUCCGUCAAACCCAACAUACUUCUGAUGUUCGUUGGAGAUGAAUGGCAGAAGCAUCGAAAGUGGUUCCAGACGGCGCUCUCCACCAGAGUCUCCCUCGACAGCUAUCGCCCCAUGCAGUGUAAACUAUCUCAUCCGGUAAUGACCAUAGCUGCUUAUUCUGAGACAGACAGAUAUGCAGCCAGAGUGCUCAUGGAGAUAAGCUACGGCCAUACCUUCACAUCCACAGACGAUGACUUUGUCCGCAUGGCGGACGAACUUGAGGCUGAGAUUCUCGAAAUUGGAGAGUUAGGCUCUACCCUGGUGGACUUCUUCCCCAUUUUCAAGUAUGUACCAACGUGGUUACCGGGCCCAGGGAGCUUCAAGCGCAGAGCGCUCGAGCUCAAACGGUUCACAUUCGAAACAAUGAGUCUUCCGUAUGAGAAUGUUAAAGCCAAGAUGGCUUCCGGAUCUGCUAAGCCCUCAUAUGUAAGCAACCUUUUGCAGGAGAUCUCCCAGACUGCGGGUGGAAUAGAGGAUGAGGUUCGAAUCAGAGCAGGUGCUGCUGUCAUAUAUCAAGGUAUGACUUGCACUGGUGCUUUCCUGACAUCAUUUGUUCUUGCCAUGGUACUGUAUCCCGAGGUGUACCGAAGAGCUCAGGUGGAGAUGGACGCUGUAGUAGGACAAACAAGGCUUCCAACCCCAGACGAUCAACCAAUGUUACCAUAUCUAGAAUGCAUUUUGAAGGAGGUCUUCCAAUGGUGCUGUUCCGCACCGCUUGGCGUACCCCACUACGUCUCUCAAGAUGAUCAAUAUCGUGACUACUACAUCCCGGGAGGAACCAUGAUAAUCUGGGCUAUGACGCGAGAUGCAGAUACGUAUCCGAAUCCUGAAGUCUUCAACCCUGAUCGAUUUCUCAAGACCACCGAUGACACCGAUGACUUACUUGACCCGUGUACAUUUGCGUUCGGGUUCAGAAGAAGGGUCUGUCCUGGCCGUUUGCUGGCUGGUUCAAAUGCAUGGCUAGUAGCGGCCAAUCUGUUAGCAACCAUGGAUAUCGGAAGGGAUCAUGACUCAUCGGGACAGGAAAUCAUUCCAGUACCAAAGUUUUCCUCGGGGACUCCAUUGUACAAGCACCCGCGCCCAUUCCCUUGCAAGAUUCGCCCACGCUCGGACAAAGUCGUG